AAGUCUUUUAUUAUGUGUUGGCAGCAAAAACACGUAACAGUUGAAAGAAGAAAGAAGAAGCAGACGCAAAAAUGGCGACUCUUUCUUUAUCUUCUUCUUCUCCACUAUGCAAACCCAAAUUCUCUUCAACAACUCUCGUAUCAGGAAUCGAUUUCAUCCCUUUCUCGCCUCGACCAUCUCUCUCCUCAUCCACAAUCUCCCCAGCUACUGUCUAUCUCUCUGUCAAACAGAAUCGCCAUAGAAACUCGCUCCAAGUGAAAUCAGUAGCUAGCCCAGCGGAGACGGUGUCGGAGUUCGACGAGAUGGUCUCCGGCACGAAACGGAAGUACUACAUGCUCGGAGGCAAAGGAGGAGUUGGCAAAACCAGCUGCGCCGCUUCUUUAGCCGUGAGGUUCGCCAACAAUGGACACCCGACUCUCGUUGUGUCCACAGAUCCAGCUCACUCCCUGAGCGAUUCCUUUGCUCAGGACUUGACUGGAGGAAUGCUUGUGCCUGUUGAAGGACCUGACUCUCCUCUGUUUGCUCUAGAAAUAAACCCUGAGAAGGCUAGAGAAGAGUUUCGUAGUGCUUCCCAGAUGAAUGGAGGCACUACUGAAGUCAAAGACUUUAUGGAUGGUAUGGGACUUGGGAUGCUUGUAGAGCAGUUGGGGGAACUUAAACUUGGGGAAUUACUAGACACACCGCCUCCUGGAUUAGAUGAAGCCAUUGCCAUCUCUAAGGUUAUUCAAUUCUUGGAGUCGCCAGAGUAUAACAUGUUCACUAGAAUAGUGUUUGAUACUGCACCAACGGGUCAUACACUGAGGCUUCUCUCCUUACCGGACUUCUUGGACGCGUCCAUAGGUAAAAUCCUGAAGCUUAGGCAGAAAAUAACCUCAGCUACUUCAGCAAUCAAGUCGGUGUUUGGUAAAGAAGAUAACCAGCCUGAUGCUGCUGAGAAAUUAGAACGACUAAGAGAAAGGAUGGUUAAAGUUCGCGAGCUUUUUCGUGACACAGAGUCAACAGAGUUCGUCAUUGUCACUAUCCCAACGGUAAUGGCUGUGAGUGAGUCUUCUAGAUUAAGUGCUUCCUUGAAGAAAGAAAGUGUUCCCGUCAAAAGACUUGUUGUUAAUCAGAUUCUUCCGCCAUCCUCCUCCGAUUGCAAAUUUUGUUCUAUUAAGAGAAAGGACCAAAUGCGCGCUCUAGAUAUGAUACGAGAGGAUUCAGAACUCUCUGGUUUGACAUUAAUGGAGGCUCCCCUGGUCGACAUGGAGAUCAGAGGUGUCCCUGCUCUGCGCUUCUUGGGCGAUAUCAUUUGGAAAUGAUAUUAUCACACAUUAUUAUUGUAAAGAAGAAGCAGGUUCAGUUGCAUGAGAGAGUGUUGGUUGAUACAUUACAUAUUUUUGGUACAGCCGUACAGAUGUUGACAUUGUCCUUGGAUGAACCAAAAAAACAAUGAAUAUUGCAUUUUUUGGGACCAAAGCCUCAAAGAUAACUU